AAAUUCAGUUUCUCAAAAAGUUAGUUUACCGGUAUCAUCAUUGUGGAAAUAUGAGACCUUUGCUAAAAAUCGCACUGACCGCAGUUUUUGGCAUAUCAAUUAUCGUCGCCUAUCGCCUGUAUAUCGUGAAAACUCGCCGCCGCGGUGGUAACCAGAUCAAGAAGAAAAAGCCAGCAAAACCCCUGAAAAGAAUCACUCCCAACAACUCGGAUGAAAAACUGAAAAAGAUGAAAAGCCCACCAAAAAAGCCACUGCAAGCCACCGACUCCGAUAUUCUUCAACCGUUGCCGUCUAACAAUGCCAUGACAGUGCCCGAAUCGAAGGAAAGCGCAAAUCGAUCUCCACAGUCAUCGAAGAUCAAUUUGAACACCACCGACCUGAAGGACUGUUCCGAGGCUCGAGCGAUCCCGAAGUGUGAUAAGCUCACAGAUUUUCAGACGAGCACGAACUCCGAACAAUCCCCAGCUGAUGCGAUCUCGGCGGUGGCCCCAACGAAGCUCACCGGAUCCCAAAGCCAGUCUGAACGGCAAGAAAUCGAGAAAAUGCCCAACUCGUUCCGCGAGCUACAAGACUCGAAGUUUAAGCCCGCGGAGGCUCCGAUCCCAAAGCCUGAGGAAGAACGCAAGGGCUCCACGGAGCAAAGUACCACUGAGCCAACGAAGCUCGCCGGAUCCCAAAGCCCAUCGGAACGCCAGGAAAUCCAACAAAUGCCGAAUUCAUUCCGCGAGUUGCAGGACUCAAAGUUCAAGCCGGCUCCAAGCCCAAAGUCUGAAAAGGGCCCCGCGGAGCAAAGCUUGUCUGAGCCGUCGCCGGUCCCCGGGAAUAACCGCAGGAACUCUGAGACAUCACAAGUUGACACAAUUUCCCCGGUGCCAACCAAGCUCGUUGGAACCCAAAGUCCAUCGGAACGCCAGGAAAUUGAGCAAAUGCCCAACUCGUUCCGCGAGCUGCAAGACUCGAAGUUCAAGCCGGCGCAGGCUCCAAACCCAAAGCCUGAGCGCGUUGAGAGGGGCUCCGCGGAGCAAAGCAUGUCGGAGCCGUUGUCGAUUUCUAGAGUUGCAUUUGGCUCGCCGAUCGCUCCGAAACCACGGCCAUCGCCACUCCAAGCUCCGCUUCUUGAGACGUUGGCUACUCCACCGACAAUCGACGCUCCUACCGCUGCAAUCGAGACGGCAAUCGAGAGAAGCGCGGAAUUUUCGUCAUCUCACUCGAUGGAUCCUUCCAACUCACUUUUCAAAGUGUGCAGAUGCCGUAAGAAGGAUCGAGGUGGUCUAUUGAUUGAUUCGGAUGCUGCUGUCUAUGAUCCAUCUAUCAAGGCAAACAUCCCGGCGACGAAGGUGUUGCCGGUCAACUUCAAUAAGUAUAACCCGCCGAAUUUGCUGGAUCCCGUCACUGGAGGGAGCUAUGAAAUCUUGGAGCUCCCCGAAACCUUCUUCACGCCACUCGAAAAUAGUCCAGACACCUACUUGACCGGAAUGAAUCCAAUGCUCGGAGCAAUGAAUGCGGCUCAUCAGCACGCGUGUCUCAUCAAUCAUCUUGUUGAGAACUAUGAAUUUUUUGAAUAAAAAUGAAACCAAUGGGCA